UAAAAACUUAAACCCUUCUUUCUACCCUUCUCCUUCAUUUCUUUCGCAGCCGCUUGCCGGAACGCUCCACCGCCGAUCUUCUUUCGUCUCUGCUGCAACCUCACGCCAACACCGACCCUGUCUUUCGUCGAGAGUAAGGGAGAUGGUGAUUCCUCCUCCAGUUAGGCCACCAAGAUUAACGCAGUAUCUAAAGCCAUAUGUCUUGAAGAUGCAUUUCACAAACAAGUAUGUGAGCGCGCAGGUGAUCCACUCUGAAACGGCCACCGUUGCUUCGGCUGCAAGCUCGCAGGAGAAGGCACUGCGGCCGAGCAUGGAGUCAACAAGGGAUGUGGCUGCUGCUGCAAAGAUCGGGAAAUUGUUGGGAGAGAGGCUUUUGCUUAAGGGAAUCCCAGCUGUUUGUGUGCACUUGAAAAGAGAACAGAAGUAUAUCAUGGUAAGAUCAAAGCUGUUAUUGACUCUGUGAGGGAAGCAGGUAUUAAGCUGCUUUGAAGUCACUGCCCAAUAUUAUCUGAGUUUGAUGAUUAGUGAGAGUAGUGUUGUUAGGUGAAGGUGUCAUACGAGCAUUUUUGGGAAAUAAACAAUAAUUAAGAGUCAAAACAUAUGUUUUAGUCCCUAA